AUGGAAGCCCAAUGGGUACUUUUGGAUGGCAAUCGGGAAAGUACCGCCCCAGUUAAGCGGCUAUUUAGGAGAGGAACGUUACAAAUAGCUGCUGAAGAUGCAAGUGAACACGGGCAUGGUAUUACAGCCGCAGAUAUAUUUGAGUACCAGUGGCCACUAGAGAAAGAUUCUGAGUAUUUCAUGCUCCAAGAACAAAUCUCUAUGUAUCUAGAUGUUAAAUCAUUCAAGAGAAAAUAUCCAGAUUUAUUCCGGCGAGUAUGUGACAAACAAGAAAAAGACUUUCUACGAAACAAAGGAGUAGUGUCUGAAACACAGAGUGAUUUGGGUUUGACAGCUUUGAAAGCAGAUGAAGUGCAUGAUCUGAUGAGUCGAGAUUAUCCAGCAAAAUACAAGGAAUUUUUGAAAAUUUUGCGUGAAAGAGAAAAGCAGAAAAUUGCAGAUAAGAUGAAGGAAUUUCAUUCAUUAAAACUGGAGAAAGAUAAAAUGGUAGAAUAUACAAAGAAAGCAAUGAGAUCUGUAUCCGAGUGGAACAGAAGUCUACUGAAAAAGAAAAAUGAAGAGAGAAAAGCCUACUUUGAUAUGCAGACAUUUACAAUACAGUACCCUAAGAGCAAAUUUAAAAAGUUGGACCAGACACAGACACAAGUUACAGCUUAUCCAUUGUCUCUGAUUCCAGGGCAGUUCCAAGAUCAUUAUAGAAAUACAAUAUUAAAUUCUUUUACAUCUUUCAAAACUAUAUUGGACAAGACAAUAGCCGAGUCUGAUACAGCAUUGUUUGACCCACCAAAGAAAGUGGAUGCUUCAGCAGAACAGGAAGUAGAGGAUGAUGAUGAUGACAGUCAGGUUGAUGAUAAGGGCAAUGAUUCUAGUGACAGUGAUGACAGUAGUAGUAGCAGUUCAGAUGAUGACGAUGAUGAUGACAACGAUGAUGAGGAAGAGGCUGGUGAUGAUACAAAGAAAAAGAAAGAAAAGUCAGCUAGUAGAGAAGUCAGUAAAGAAAAAUCAGCUGAGCCUGGUAUAAAACAAGAGAAUGAAUGUAGAAUAUGUAAAGAUGAAGCUCUGGAGAAACAGAAAGAAACCGAGCAUGAGGAACUGAUUGUAUGCUCGGAGUGUAAGAGCAAAGGUCAUCCUACAUGUCUAGAUCUGAAUGGUGAUAUGGUGAGAGUAAUAAAGACAUACCCCUGGCAGUGUAUGGAGUGUAAAACAUGUGUACAAUGUAUGGAUCCUUAUGAUGAGGAUAAAAUGUUGUUUUGUGACAAGUGUGACAGAGGUUAUCACACAUUCUGUGUGGGACUUAAAUCACUACCAACAGGUCAAUGGGACUGCUUCAGUUGUCGUGGUGACACAACACCUAUCAAACCACUACCAAGACCAACACCAAAGGCAAAAAGAGGUCGAAAGCCAGGGCGUCCACCAGGCAGACCGGGUAGGCCACCAGGAAGGCCACCCAAGGAUCCGAAUAAAGUUGACACGCCCAACAAAGAUCCGUACAAACGUGACACUCCAGGUCGUGACAGAAGACGAAGACUUAGGGAAGAGAGCACACAAAUAAAAGAUGAGGAAUCACAAAAUGGUGUUAAAGAUGAACCACAAAAUGGUGUUAAAGAUGAACCAACAAAUGAAACAGAAAGUGAAGAAAAUAAAGAAAUGGAAACUGAUGAUGUUGACACAAGUCAAAACUCUGAAGAACAAGAAGGAAAUGCAGAGUAGCAAUGACAUAGUGGUGAAGUGUCCAUCACUCAGUUCAUAAAUAGUGAGGACCACAAGUUUCCUCAUGUAAAUGCCAAAUCUAGUUAGUCAUGGAAAGAGGCUUGAACAUGAAUAAGUCAACUUAAAAAAUCCGUAACAAUUUAGCUUAAAUGAAUGUGUUGAAACUUUAAGUUAAUUGAUGAACAGUAUUUUGUUGUUGUUUUAAAUGUGUCUUAAAGUAAAUGAGUUUUUGAAUGAUUGUUGAAGCUGUAGUUAUGAGGUCUUUGAAUGAAAUGGGACUUGAUGAAAUUCUGUUAUCUUAAAGCAGAUGUAUUGAAAUUCUUAGAAAAGGAUGUAUCACUCAAAAUCUUGAAUAAAGAAGUAUUUUAGACGAAAAAAUGAACUAAUUUUUUUGACAUGGUGUAAUGCUGAAGGAAUUACAUAUUAAAAUAUGAAAAAUUAUUCUUAACCAGUGAGUUAUGUGAAAAUUAUGGGCUUUGAUUUAAUAUACAUUUGCUAAUCAACAGGUCAUAUAAAGCUCUUGAAAAUGGAGCUAGAUGCCAAAAUUUGUACAAUUUUAAAUGGAAUAAAUGCAGGCAAUGUAAUCAUGAGCAAAUUGAAAGGUCUGCAAUUUUUUGAUAUCAUGUAAUGAAUUACCAUUAAGCCAUAGUGAGUUUUCUAUUUAUAGUUGUAUAAUUCAAUGCUUUUACAAUUUUGCAAUGUUGUAUUAUUUAUGUUUUGAGUUGUUGUAAGUUUUGUAUACCGAAUGUGUUCAGAAAAUAAAUGUACUGGUGAUUGAUAUAUGUUGCUCUCAGAUAA